CAACAGAACCCACUACUCCAACUGAACUUCACUAAUCAUGGCAACUUGUUCUCUAACUCCUAUCUCUGCAAUCUCUCUCUCCAAAUCAACGUUGCAUAAUUCAACUAAAAGGUCUUCUUCAUCUGCUUUGAGCACAAGUGCGAUGGCUAAAGAGCUCUACUUCAACCAUGAUGGUUCGACCAUGAAGAAGCUUCAGGCGGGGGUUGACACGGUAGCAGAGCUGGUUGGGGUGACUUUGGGUCCCAAGGGUAGGAAUGUGGUGCUGGAGAACAAGUAUGGACCUCCAAAGAUUGUUAACGAUGGUGUUUCCGUCCUUAAGGAGAUUCAAUUGGAGGACCAACUGGAAAAUGUUGGUGCAAAAUUGGUGAGACAAGCUGGUGCAAAAACUAAUGAUCUUGCUGGUGAUGGAUCCACCACUUCUGUUGUUCUUGCUCAGGGUCUUAUCACUGAGGGUAUGAAGGUUAUCGCAGCAGGCAUGAAUCCUAUUCAGGUCUCACGUGGGAUUGAGAAUACUGCAAAAGCCCUUGUUGCAGAACUUAAGUUGAUGUCCAGAGAGGUUGAAGAUCAUGAACUUGCAAAUGUUGCUGCAGUUAGUGCUGGAAAUGAUUACGUGGUAGGAAACAUGAUUGCAGAUGCUCUCCAACAAGUAGGGAAGAAGGGUGUGGUCACCAUCGAGAAAGGGAGAUGCACCGAGAACAGUCUGCAGAUUGUAGAAGGAAUGCAAUUUGAUCGUGGAUACUUGUCUCCUUACUUUGUCACUGACAGGCAAAAGAUGUCAGUAGAGUUCCACAACUGCAAGUUGCUUUUGGUUGACAAAAAAAUCAUAAACCCAAAGGAGCUGUUUAGGAUAUUGGAUGGUGCAGUCAAGGAGAAGUACCCCAUUGUGAUAGUAGCAGAGGGCAUUGAGCAGGAAGCUCUGGCUCCAAUUAUUAGAAACAAACUCAGAGGUGUAUUGAAGGCAGCUGCUAUUAAAGCUCCUGCCUUUGGAGAGCGCAAGAGCCACUACUUAGAUGACAUUGCAAUCCUGACUGGAGGUACUGUAGUCAGAGAUGACAUGGGGUUAACACUAGAAAGGUCUGGCAAGGAGGUAUUAGGGACUGCUUCUAAGGUGGUGAUAACCAAAGACUCGACACUGAUAGUUACUGAUGGGAGUACUCAACCGGCUGUUAACAAAAGGGUUUCUCAGAUCCGAGCCCUUGUUGAGAAUACAGAGGGAAAUUUUCAAAAGAAAAUACUGAAUGAACGAAUAGCAAGGUUAUGUGGUGGAAUUGCUAUUAUUCAGGUUGGAGCACAGACAGAAGUUGAAUUGAAGGACAAACAACUGAGAAUUGAAGAUGCAUUGAAUGCAACAAAGGCAGCUAUUGAGGAAGGUAUUGUGGUUGGUGGUGGCUGUAGCCUGUUGAGGCUAUCUCUGAAGGUGGAAAAUAUCAAAGACACGUUGGAAAAUGAAGAGCAGAAGAUUGGAGCUGAUAUCUUUAAAAGAGCCUUAAGCUAUCCAUUAAGAUUGAUAGCCAAAAAUGCAGGUGGAAACGGAAGUGUUGUUGUAGAGAAGGUCCUGUCUAUUGAUGAUGUGCGGUAUGGAUACAAUGCAGCAAAGGACUGUUAUGAAGAUCUAAUUGCUGCUGGAAUUAUUGAUCCAACAAAGGUGGUAAGGUGUUGCUUGGAACAUGCUGCAUCUGUUGCUAAGGUUUUUUUGACAUCUGAUGUGGUCAUUGUUGACAUCAAGGAAUUAGAGCCUGUUCCAAUGAGAAAACCAAUUCCAAGCUCAGGUGUAGGACCUGUCGGUUUGAAGUCUGGAGUCUUUUAGAUGAGUUGGACUGUCAAAAGUUCAAAUUCUCUGCUUCUUUGCUUUCAAAUGAAAAAGACUAGUUCCCUGGCAGUGGAGAUGAUCCAAGAGAAGGGAUUGAAAAGGAUGAUCUUCUGCACUGGUGGAUUCUGGUUAUCAAUUAAAAAUGCAGUCUAGAGAUCAGAUGAAGUUGCUUUCAUGCACUUCUUCUCCCUGAAUAUGUACUGGGGAAAAAGGGUUGAUGCAAGAGCUGGAAGCUCAAAACCACCUAGUUUUCAGCCUCAAUUUUGGAAGGAAAUGCUGCUGUGACCUGGUGAAGCUGGAGGAGGAAAGCCAGAAAAGAAUGCCACUUAAGGAGAUUGCCACCAUCUUAAAAUAUGUACAAAAUAAUGAAUUCAUGUUAUGGAUCAAUAAUGAAAAUCUUGGUUUUUUUUCCUGGUUUUA